UCCGUUUCAGAGAUAUACCAUUUGGGCGUAUGCCGUAUGGUAUCUACCUCAAACUGAAAAGGAAUCAGUAAGGCUGCUUCAGGAAUAUACCAAAAGAACCUGCAAGAAUUGUCAUGAUUCAAAAUUUUACUUUAGAAAACUAAUAUUUUGGAAGUGCAAUAUUAAAAAUUGCCAAAAAAAGUGUUAUUCAAAUUAUUUUUACUUGGACUGAAGAAUCAACUUCUAUAAAAAAUUUGAAAAUUAACAAAAAUACUGUAAUACACUGGAAUAACAUUUGCGAGAAGUUUUGAUUACGAUAACGUCGCCGCUGCGUGUAUGACGUCCUCUUAAUACAAAAAAAUAAGGUAGCAAUUCAUUGUAACCAGUAUAAUAUGGAAAAAGUUGAAACUUACCAACAACAACCACCACUACCACUACAACAACAACAACCACCGCCACCGCCACCGCCACCGCCACAGCAACAACAGCAGUUAACAAUGCCGCCUCUUGUGGCAAAUUGUGUAACAACUUCAAAUAAACUGAUAAAACAUGAUGGAGACGAAUCAAUUAAUGAGAAGACUGGUUUAAAAUGGCCAUCGAAAGGUCAUUUGUUAUAUAAACUUCAUAGGUUAGAACGGAGGAAGAAAAUGAAUAAUCUAUUGCCUCGUUCAGCAUGUCCCAAAAGCCCAUUGAUGAUAUUUCAUGAGUUGUUCAAACAUCAAAAACAUAAAUCAAUUUCCUUACAAAAGUAUCGAUCUGAUAAUGUUAUCAGAUAUGUAGCUACUGUUUGUAUUGAUGGUCAAGAGUUUUAUGGAAAUGAUAAUUCCCCGAUUCAAGCCCAAGAGGAGGCAUGUGCAAAGUUCUUGCGUACUAUGUUGGCAAAACAAUUAAGUGAACAAUCUGAAAAUAAAGAAGAAUCUCCUAUGGAUGUUGAAAUGGAAGUUGAAGAAAACGGUUCAGUAUCAUGUUCACAUUUUGUUUCAUUAGCUAUGUAUAACUUAAUAAAUCAAUGGGAUAUACAGCUUAACGGAUCAACUGGCAUCGAACAACCACAACCUAAGACUUUUUCCAAGAGAAAGUUUCCUGAAAACCCAAAAAAAUAUCAUCCAAUAAGUUUAUUAUGUCUUAUGAAGCCAACUUUAAAAUAUAUUGAAACUACAAUUAAAAAAUUUCCACCACUCUUUCAAGUAAACUGUACAAUAGAUGGUAUUGUAUUUACUGGAAUAGGGCCAAAAAAAAAAGCAGCCAAAAAGGAAUGUUGUAUUGCAGCAAUAAAAUAUUUUUGGGACUUUGAUUUCCAUGCCAUAGAAAAUAAUUAACUUAUUAAGAAUUAAUCAUGAUUAUAAAUUAUAAUAAUAUGCACUUGAAUCGCUUAUUGCAGAAACCCCCUAAAUGACAGAAAUUGUUCAACUUUUUUUCUCUCUUGUAUUUUAUUAGUAAACGCAUCGAUUUGUGUAGAAACCCCAUAUGUAAUUAUAAUAAUAUACACUUGUGUACUAGAUAUUUUUAUUUAUCACCUGUAUUUAUUUUAUUUUAUUAUAUAUAAGAAUACGUAUAAGAUUAUUAUUGUAUAGACAUAGUAUUAACUAUUAAUUUUAAUUUUAAUACUUAUGUUUUUUUUCAUCAUAAUAAUGUCAAGUUAAAUAUACUUAAUGUAUGUUAGAUUAGAAUCCCCCUAAUUCUGAAAUUAGAUAAGUUAUUU